UGACGCAGCGCACACCUGACCCACCUGGACGGCACCCAGAAACGAUGAACCGGUCCGAGCCGGCGACGGACUCGCCGCUCGCCGCCAACGGCAGUCACGGAGACUUCUUUCCUUACCGGGCCGCCAACCACUCGUGUCCCUUGGGCUGGGGGCUGAACGAAGGCCUGGAGGCGUGCGUCCUGGAGACGGCCGUCAUCGUCCUCCUGACGGCGCUCAUCAUCGCGGGCAACCUGACGGUGAUCUUCGUGUCCCACUGCGCCCCGCUGCUGCACCACUACACCACCAGCUACUUCAUCCAGACCAUGGCCUACGCCGACCUGCUGGUGGGCCUCAGCUGCCUGGUGCCCACCUUGUCCCUGCUCCACUACCCGGCGGGGGUCCAGGAGCCCAUCACGUGCCAGGUGUUCAGCUACGUCAUCUCGGUCCUGAAGAGUGUGUCCAUGGCGUGCUUGGCGUGCAUCAGUGUGGAUCGGUACCUGGCCAUCACCAAACCGCUGUCCUACAACCAGCUGGUGACGCCGUGCCGCCUGCGGGGCUGCAUCACCCUCAUCUGGGUCUACUCCAGCCUGGUGUUCCUGCCCUCCUUCUUCGGGUGGGGUAAACCGGGCUACCACGGGGACAUCUUCGAGUGGUGCGCCCACUCCUGGCCCACGACCGCGCUCUUCACGGGCUUCGUGGUGUGCUUGAUCUACGCGCCCGCCGCACUCGUGGUGUGCUUCACCUACUACCACAUCUUUCGCAUCUGCCAGCAGCACAACCGGGAGAUCAGCGAGCGGCGGGCGCGUUUCCCCAGCCAGGAGAUGGAGGCCGGCGAGGGGGCCGGCGGCGGAGGCGGCCGCGGUCGCCACGGAGGACACGGGCCGGAUCGGCGCUACGCGAUGGUGCUGCUCCGCAUCACCAGUGUCUUCUACAUGCUGUGGUUGCCCUACAUCAUCUACUUCCUGCUGGAGAGCUCCCACGUGCUGGAUAGCCCCGCCCUGUCCUUCAUCACCACCUGGCUGGCCAUCAGCAACAGCUUCUGCAACUGCGUCAUCUACAGCCUGUCCAACAGCGUGUUCCGCCUCGGCAUGCGGCGCCUCUCGCAGACCAUGUGCUCCUUCAGCCAUUGCGCGGCCGACGACCGAGACUUCGGGGAGCCCAAACCGAGGAAGAGGGCGAACUCGUGCUCCAUCUGA